ACCAAACCCACGUGACGGAACGACCCCCUCCUUCACAACAGCGGGUAUUGCCGGGUUUACAACCUAGGCGAAAACUAUUCUAAUGUGAGGUGUUUAUUGCUCAUUAAGGAAACUCACAGAAAUAUUUACGAUCAUAGUGAUGGCGGGUGUGAAGAGAAAGGCAUCGAGAGCCUCAUCUUACGAACGGCCGUCCAAGCUGGUUAAGAGCAGUACAAGUUCUGGGGUAGCCAUGAGGAAGGACGACACCCUUCCCCGAACACCAUUUACCCCUGUAAAGCUGGGCAGUAAGAAAAAGUCAUCGAAGUCGCCCUCUGGGAGUGUACCUGUAGAGGGAGAUGUGGUUGGACUGCGACGGGCGCCCACUUUGCCGCUGGUAGAAGAAAACUCCUCCAACGGUCUCUCUACAGGUGAGCACAUAACGACCAUUAGACGACUUCCCUCAGGAACCUCUGUGGGGUCCACCGCCGAUGAAGGCGCUGUGCCGAAAUUAACAUCGAAGAAAUCAAGUCUGUUACGUCGAGAGAGCAUCACUAAGACCCCAUCGAAAAGUUCUAGGGAGAACUCUUUAGUUGUCCCCCCUCCUUUGCCGCCAGGUGGCCUCAUGGAAAUCGUCUUCUCCUUCGAUACGACGGGGUCUAUGUCCUCCUGCCUAGAACAAGUCAGAGGUCGCCUCUCGGAUAUGAUGCAACGCCUCCAAGCGGACAUCCCUGGCAUCCGGAUCUCCGUUUUCGCUCAUGGGGAUUAUGUUGACGCCGGAAAAUACGUCACCAAAUGGAUAGACUUCGGAGCCACGCUUCCGGAACUUUGUGAUUUUGUCAAAAACGUUGAAUCCACCGGUGGUGGAGACUUUGAAGAAUGCUAUGAGCUUGUUUUGCAUCAGGUGGGUAAGGAGCUGCUGUCCUGGACCCCAGGAAGUCAGCGCUCCUUGGUGAUGAUAGGGGACGCAACUCCUCACGAUCCAGAUUACCCCGACAACAAACUAAAACUUGACUGGCAAGAUGAGUGCAAAAAACUACAACAAAUGGGAGUUCGCAUCUACUCUGUCCAGGCACUCAACAACUCGACAUCAACGGCGUUUUACAGAACAAUGGCUGCGCUAACCGACGGGAUACACCUUAAGCUUGACCAAUUCUCCAAUAUUUUUGACCUGAUUAUGGCCAUUUGUUACAGGGAAGGCGGUGUCGACCUAUUCCAGGCCUAUGAGGACGAAGUUCGGGGGCGUCAUGUUGGCGGUGCUCUUAACAAGGACUUAGAGAAAUUGUUUGGUGACCUCCGCACGGACAGGGAAGGUCCGGAGGAGAACGCACGCAAACCUAAGGCGAAGACAGUAAAAGCUGCACUGAAGCUGAAACCACCGGCCCUCGCAUCUAAGCCCAAGUCGCUAAAGGCUGUGAAAUUAGCGAAAGCUAAAUCUGGUGCAAGAAAAUCUGCGAAAUUGGCAAAAAAGAAGAAAACAGUGAGAAAGAAAUGUCGUGAAAAUGUUUCGGAUAAAUUGUUCCGCCAACAGUUCCCUAAUAUUUCCUGGAGUCAGUGGUACCUUGCAUUUUCCUCCGAACGCCCGGAUGUGGGAAACUGGCUAAAGAGAUCUGCGGGGACAAAGCAGGGGUUCCGGAGAAAAGGACAUUUUACGUGUAAUGCUGAUGGACCCCGUGUCUUUGAAGUUGGUGUACAGGUCCGACCAAGAGAGAAAAUAUAUGCUACAUUUGUUGGCAAGAGGUCAGCCCCAAAGUCCGUUUCAAGCUGGGGCUUAGGCCUGCUCUCUGCACCUUUGCUGGCGAAGCAAGUGAACGCAGUGCUGUCUGGGAAAGUCCGAGUUUUCGUAAGAUUAGGAAAGGCUAAUUUCAAAGGAAAAAAGGCGCAGUCCAGCACGGUUGACAAGACCCAGGCAACUGCAGUGGGGACUUACGAUUACGCCUGGAUGAAGAGUAGACCCAACAGAAAACCCCGAUUAGUUAAAAAGGCAGGGACAAAAAUAUCGUAUGACACAGUUUAA